GUGGUGUAACACUGCCUCCCAGUCUCAGUUGCCUCUCUCUCUCGCUCUCUCUCCUUCCUACUCGAUCUCUCUCUACCUUACCUACUUCCCUUCCUCUCAUUCCAUUGCCUGUCCUGUCUGAGGGAUGCUGUGUUGGGAGAAGGGAAUGCGAUGGGUCGUGGUUCAGGUAGGACCAGUAGCCACAUGAAGACAUCAGCAGACGAGAGGAGAGAGAGAGCUGCUUCUGUUUCUCUAGAGACUGAUCCGUCCUGGUCGUCUGUCUGCUGCCAGACCUCAUCUUCCUCAUCUUCAUCUUCCUCCUGGAUACUAGAACACUGGAUCACACCACCCAGAGAGGAGCAGCCUGGUCCGUUUUAUUUUCCCUGCUACCUACCUAGCUAGCUAGCUAGCGUUACUACCUCUGCUGCUGUCCUGAGAGAGAGCAUCACACCACCACCACCCAGCCCUGCUCCCUGAUACUACAGAGAGGAGCUGUUCCCAGACCUGCUAGGAUACUAUACUGCAGAGGAGCUGUUCCCAGACCUGGUAGGAUACUAUACUACAGAGAGGAGCUGUUCCCAGACCUGCUAGGAUACUAUACUACAGAGGAGCUGUUCCCAGACCUGGUAGGAUACUAUACUACAGAGAGGAGCUGUUCCCAGACCUGGUAGGAUACUAUACUACAGAGAGGAGCUGUUCCCAGACCUGGUAGGAUACUAUACUACAGAGAGGAGCUGUUUCCAGACCUGGUAGGAUACUAUACUACAGAGAGGAGCUGUUCCCAGACCUGGUAGGAUACUAUACUACAGAGAGGAGCUGUUCCCAGACGUGCUAGGAUACUAUACUACAGAGGAGCUGUUCCCAGACCUGGUAGGAUACUAUACUACAGAGAGGAGCUGUUCCCAGACCUGGUAGGAUACUAUACUACAGAGAGGAGCUGUUCCCAGACCUGGUAGGAUACUAUACUACAGAGAGGAGCUGUUUCCAGACCUGGUAGGAUACUAUACUACAGAGAGGAGCUGUUUCCAGACCUGCUGGGAUACUAUACUACAGAGAGGAGCUGUUUCCAGACCUGCUGGGAUACUAUACUACAGAGAGGAGCUGUUCCCAGACCUGGUAGGAUACUAUACUACAGAGAGGAGCUGUUUCCAGACCUGGUAGGAUACUAUACUACAGAGGAGCUGUUCCCAGACCUGGUAGGAUACUAAACUACAGAGAGGAGCUGUUCCCAGACCUGGUAGGAUACUAUACUACAGAGAGGAGCUGUUUCCAGACCUGGUAGGAUACUAUACUGCAGAGAGGAGCUGUUCCCAGACCUGGUAGGAUACUAUACUACAGAGAGGAGCUGUUUCCAGACCUGGUAGGACUUCCUCCUGCGAUCCUGCUCUAUAAGGAUAUCCGCUCCAUCGCAGCUCCCCAGCACCAUGGCUCAGGCUGCAUCUCAGAUCAAGAAGAGAGCGAUUGUGGACACCUCCGUUGAGGAUGAGAAACUUAAGAAGAGGAAGAUCAGACAAGCCCAACGGCAGCUGAAGAAAAAGAUUGACAGUAAUGCCAGCUACUUGAGAGCAGCCCGGGCAGGGAACCUACAGAAGGCUUUGGAUUACCUGAAGACUGGGGUCGAAAUCAACAUCUCUAACCAGAAUGGCCUCAAUGCCCUCCAUCUGGCCUCUAAAGAGGGCCAUGCCGAGGUGGUCACACAGCUCAUCAAGCUGGGAGCCAAUGUGGACGCUGCAACUAAGAAAGGGAACACAGCUCUCCACAUAGCGUCUCUGGCUGGUCAGGUGGAUGUAGUGAAGGAGCUGGUGACCAGCGGAGCUAACAUCAACGCACAGUCUCAGAAUGGCUUCACUCCUCUGUACAUGGCUGCUCAGGAGAAUCAUCAGAAGGUGGUCAGAUACCUGCUGGACCAUGGCUCCACACAGGGCAUCGCUACAGAGGAUGGCUUCACCCCCCUGGCGGUGGCGUUGCAGCAGGGACAUGAACAGGUGGUCUCUCUGCUCCUGGAGAAUGACACUAAAGGGAAGGUCCGGCUCCCGGCGCUCCACAUCGCCGCUCGCAAAGACGAUACCAAGGCUGUUGCGCUGCUUCUCCAGAUCGACCACAACGCAGAUGUCGAGUCCAAGAUGAUGGUGAAUAGGACCACAGAGAGUGGCUUUACUCCGCUGCACAUUGCUGCUCACUACGGCAACAUCAACGUGGCAACGCUCCUCCUCAACCGCGGCGCCGCCGUGGACUUCAAGGCCAGGAAUGACAUCACACCGCUGCACGUGGCUUCUAAGAGAGGGAAUGGCAACAUGGUCAAAGUUCUGCUGGAGAGGGGAGGCAAGAUAGACGCCAGGACUAAGGACGGUCUGACCCCUCUCCACUGUGGCGCCAGGAGCGGACAUGAACAAGUGCUGGAGAUGCUGCUAGACAGAGGAGCUCCCAUCCUGUCCAAAACUAAGAACGGUCUGUCUCCCCUCCACAUGGCCACCCAGGGGGACCAUCUGAACUGUGUUCAGCUCCUGCUACACCACGAGGUUCCUGUUGAUGAUGUCACCAACGACUACCUGACGGCCCUGCAUGUCGCCGCCCACUGCGGACACUACAAGGUCGCCAAGGUCAUUGUGGACAAGAAGGCCAAUCCCAACGCUAAAGCACUGAAUGGUUUCACUCCGCUCCACAUCGCCUGCAAGAAGAACAGAAUCAAAGUGAUGGAACUACUGCUGAAACACGGAGCAUCCAUACAGGCAGUGACCGAGUCGGGUCUCACUCCGAUCCAUGUGGCGGCUUUCAUGGGACACGAUAACAUCGUCACUCAGCUGACGAAUCACGGAGCUUCGCCAAACACAACUAAUGUGAGGGGAGAGACGCCGCUCCACAUGGCAGCGAGAGCCGGCCAGGCUGACGUGGUCAAAUACCUGGUUCAGAACGGAGCCAGAGUGGAGGUCAAGGCCAAGGUAGGACUGGAGAAAAACCCC